AUGCGCGGUGGCUCGAGUGGUAUAGGUGUGAUUAUAUCCGCAAUCAGCCUCAAUUGUCGACGGCAUAUAGCUAACCACGAUACCGCCCGAAAAGCAGACGCGCCUGAUGCAUCUCGCUCGCCAGAUCCUCAAGCCCCUUCUCCUACCAAUUUCACCUUUGUGCACCAGGCUGAAGAUGUAGCUUCUUUGUCUCACAGACGGAUCAGCAACAGAGAGCAACGUCAUGCUAUCCGCUCCCAUGUCAUGCAACGUGUCCGUCAGGUGGAGCUGGCCCAAGGCAAGAAGAGGCCAACCGGGCGCCAGCGUGUUAAUGAUGGGAGCAAGCAAAAAGCGCGUAGCGAGUCCACUCACUCCGAACCGUCCGUGAGCAAUGAAUCCAUCGAAAAUAGUGCCAAUAGCCCUGUCAUCGUUGCUGGGAGCGAUACGUUUUGGCCGACUCAGUCUCCCCUUCCGUCCCCGCGUCUCAAUAUCACACCAGCUGCGCAAGCAUUCGACCCGUUCGAUACCUUGCCGACAAAUCGGCUACCGCAUCACACCUCAGAGAGCCUGCUGCAGUAUUGCUUUGAUGUUAUGCUCCCAAUGACGUUCUGUGUUGAGGCGAAACAAGCUCAUGACAAACUCGCCCGGCAACAAAUGGUGAUGAAUAGCAAGAUGUCGAACCCCGCCACGUUCCUGGGCUUCAUGGCGACGACGGCGGCCCAUCGAGCCAUCUUCUAUGGCCGACAUGAAGACCUCGCGCCUUCCAACUCCAACCAUGAUGACCUCAUCCUCGACCCGGACUAUAUCAGAGUCAAAAAUGAAGCAAUGGUGGCCGUUAGGCGAACGUUCGAUCAGCGUGCGAAUGUAGAUUACCAGAUGGUUGAGGCCUGCUUUGGACUUAUUUCGACUGCCACAGUUGUGGGCAAUUUCACAGAGGCCCGGAUACAUCUCAAAAUUCUCGAGCGCGUAACCUCCCAGCUGACCCUGUCCGAGGAGACGAUGAUGUGGUUACCGCUGUCAAAUGUCAAAGUCUCGGUUGGACUACUUCUGCCCCCGGUCCUCCCCUUACUGUUCACGCGCGAACCUCUCCCUGCAGAAGUUCUAUCUCGUGCUGGCCAGCAUCUUCCUUCUGGCAUGACUCGCUUAGGACAGGAUUUCCUGGAGCUCCAGGAAAUGAGCCAACCAUUGAAACUGCUGUUCAUCACCUUUGGCGAUGUGUGCCGUCUUUGCGAAAUGCACAGUACACCUCCUUGGAACCCGUCGCCGGCAGAAACCCUGAUUUUGCGGAAGAAGGCAACGGAGCUAGAAUUUGAUCUGCUCGCAUACCCCUAUGAAUCAGAUAUUUUUCGCCGAGACAGCAACAAUGAGCCAGAAAUACCCGCUUUGGAAGGGAUGCUCCGGCUUGCCGGCCUGGGAAUGCUCUCUAUUGCUCCCCACACAAUUCUCGCGCCUACUGGUCUCGGGAGAGCGCUGACGCACCAUCAGAAAGGGGCGGUUGAAAAGUGGCUCCACGAGGAGCGCUCCGGGGGUGUGGAAGAGGCGAAGGUCGUCUGCUGGGCUCUCUUCGUCUUUGUCCAAAACGCACUGAAACAGCCCGAGCAGCCGUUUUUCACGGAAUUACUGGCGCAGGUCGCCCAGGCAGCGGGACUCUCGACCUGGGAAGAGAUCGAAGAGGUCGUGUUUGGACUGCUGUAUAUGCCGUGGCUGCAGUCUUCGACCUGGAGAGGCAUCUGGGCCGACGUCUGCAAGGUCAGCGACUCGACUCAUCACCUCCAACACGACGUCCAAUGA